CGAGGGAGAGCGGCCGAGCUGUGCCCUGGAAGCGGAACCGCGGCUGCCGUGACUUCCUGCCUCGGGAGGAAGGAGCGGUGGUUGAAGUUGUGCGUCGGGGUCUGCGCUGGCCCGAGGCACCGGCGGCGGCCGCCCGGGAGGAUGCGGCGGGCAGAGAUGAAGCCUGGGAAAUCAUCACAUCUAAAGGAUUUACUUGGAGUAAAAGAUCACUGACUUCUACAAUGGAAAAAUCAUGGAUGCUUUGGACCUUUGUUAAAAGAUGGCUACUAGCUUUGGCUUCCUGGUCUUGGAGUCUCUGCCGUAUUUGUCUUUUGCCCUUGAUAGUGACUUUUCACUUGUACGGAGGCAUUAUACUCCUUAUAUUAAUAUUUGUAUCAAUAGCAGGUAUAUUAUAUAAAUUCCAGGAUGUUCUGCUUUACUUUCCUGAACAGCCCUCUUCAUCACGCCUUUAUGUUCCUAUGCCUACUGGUAUACCACACGAAAACAUCUUCAUCAAAACCAAAGAUGGAGUUCUUCUCAAUCUUAUUCUGCUGAGAUACACAGGGGACAAUGCAGCGUAUUCUCCAACCAUCAUUUACUUUCAUGGGAACGCAGGCAACAUUGGCCACAGGUUGCCAAAUGCUUUGUUGAUGCUGGUAAACCUGAAAGUGAACUUAAUUCUGGUCGAUUAUAGAGGGUAUGGCAAAAGCGAAGGAGAAGCAAGCGAAGAAGGCUUGUACUUAGAUUCUGAGGCUGUCUUAGACUAUGUGAUGACUCGGUCUGAUCUUGAUAAAACAAAAAUUUUUCUUUUUGGCCGUUCCUUGGGAGGAGCAGUAGCUAUUCACUUAGCUUCUGAAAAUUCCCAUAGGAUUUCUGCCAUCGUGGUGGAGAACACCUUUCUUAGCAUCCCAUACAUGGCCAGCACUUUGUUCUCUUUCUUUCCGAUGAGGUAUCUUCCGCUCUGGUGCUACAAAAAUAAAUUUCUAUCCUACAGAAAAAUCUCUCAGUGCAGAAUGCCUUCUCUCUUCAUCUCUGGGUUGUCUGACCAGUUGAUUCCACCAGUUAUGAUGAAGCAACUUUACGAACUAUCCCCAGCUCGGACUAAGAGAUUGGCGAUAUUUCCUGAUGGAACUCACAAUGACACUUGGCAGUGCCAGGGUUAUUUCACUGCACUUGAACAGUUCAUCAAAGAAGUAAUAAAGAGUCACUCCCCUGAAGAAAUGGCGAAAACAUCAUCUAACGUAACAAUAAUAUAAUUGAUAUUCUUCUUUGGGGUGGAGUGGGGCAAGUACCUGCACUGUACCUUGAUUUGUGAUAAUUGGUAAAAGAAUGUCUGUUUUUAAAUGUAUGUCAUGUCUGUACUUGCCUAAAGAGUGAAAUUAAACUUGGAAAGGUCUGACAUUUUAUUAAGGUGUUCCAGAUAACUUUUACAUUUGCAGCAUUGUAAAUGAACCAUUUUAUGUCUUUCUCAUACUUUUUUGGUAUCUCUGUCCAUAUAUUCCACUUGUUUGAUAUGUACAACAGAUGCUAUUAAAGAAAAUUGCUACAAAAGUAGUACAGAAUGUAUUUAGAACAACGGGAGGCUCUUCGGUAUUCACUGCUGUAUGUGUGAGCUUUUUGGACAGCCAUGGUUAGCACAAUGAUUACUUACUUCUCUUAAAAGUUUAUUUAAAGUGUGCCAUGCAUGAGAUUAGUGUUUUAGUUCUUGAAAUUUUAUAUUAUGCAAAGUGGGAAGACUUUCAUGCGCUAAAUAAUAUAAAAUAACAUAAAUGGUAGAGUAUACUUGCAGGUAUACUAUCCUGGGUUAUUACUGGUUUCUAUGGUUAUGCAAACUUAUAUAUGUCAAACUGCAGUUGAAGAUGAAAAGAUACUUUCCUUAUUUUCAUUUGCUGUUUGUAUUAUAAUAGUGCACAGAAGGUUGUAUGUGCCUGACAUUGUGACUUCAGGAUUUUACCCAGGCAAUUUCUGUAUAGGAAAUAGAACUAACUUUUUCUGAAAGAGAUCAGUGCAAUCUAAGCUCCUUUCUGCCUCGAGCUCUCCUCACUAAUGCACAGGCAAACUAUUUGGUAGUACUAGUCUGCUUGUCCAUUUGAGGUGAUAAUUCUUAAGGCAAAAUGGGUGGUUAUACAAGAUAAAAGUAGGUUUUUGUGUUCAUGCUUUUACACUGGUGUAGUUAAAUGUUUGUGCCCUUUACUUAUACCUCAUAAAGAAACAAAUUCAAAUAAUUACCAGUGAUCACAUGAUUAGAGAUACAUGUGUACUGUUGCUACAGUAAGGAUAAUGAAAACGAGCAGAUAGUCCUAGAUGGUCCUGUCAUUGAGGGUAGGGAGGCUCUGCAGACACUGAUUGACUGGAGCAACAAGCCCAGGCCCACGGCAUGAGGCUCAGCAAGAUGAAAGGCUGGGUCCUGCACUUGAAUCACAACCCCAGGCAGCACUACAGGCUGGGGAAAGAGUGGCUUGAGAGCUGCUCAGCAGAAAAGAGACUUGGAGAUGCUGGUCAACAGCUGCCUGGAUGUGAGCCUGCAGUGUGUCCAGGUGGGAAAGAAGGCCAAUGGCAUCUUGGCCUGUAUCAAAAAUAGUGUGGCCAGAAGGAUCAGGGCAGUGAUCCCUGUACUUGGCACUGGUGAGGCCGCACCUCAAGUCCUGUGCUCACUUCUGGGCCCUUCACUACAAGAAAGACAUGGAGGGGCUGGAGCCCAGAGAUGGGUUACAGAGCUGGGAAGGGUCUGGAGCACAAGUUCUGUGAGGAGCAGCUGAGGGAUAUGGUGGUGUGUGAUUGAAAGAAAACGUGGCUCAGGGGAGACCUCAUUGCUCUACAACCACUUGAAAGGAGGCUGUAGGAAAGUGAGGGUCAGCCUCUUCUGCCAUGUUUCAAGACAAGGAUGAGAGGAAAUGGCCUUGCAUCAAAGAAGGUUCAAAUAAGAUAUUAUAAAACAAAUUUCACUGAAAGAGUGGUUAGCCAUUGGACUAAGUUGCCUAGGCAGGUAGUGGAAUGAUCCAGCAGCUCUGGAAUCAUUCAAGCCAUCUGGAUGUGGCACUUGGGGAAAUGGUUUAGGGGUGAUUAUGGUUGUGUUAGGUUGAUGAUUGUACUAGAUGACCUUGAAGGUCUCUUCCAACCUUGAUGAUUCUGUGAUCAAAGACAUGCUGUUAGCUUAGUUUCUAAUGGAAUGUGGGAACUGUUUAGAUCUCUUCUGCAGGUUUCAUUACUCAUCUGCUGCAGCUGAGUUUGCCUCUUCAAAAUAUUUUUUUUAAUAGAAAGAACAAAUUGGAAAAUCUUCCACACAAUCUUUAAAGUUGCCCUUUGGAUUCAAAUUUUUAAGUAAACUUUUCUGCCAUGUUGUCCUGAUUCAGAAAAGCAUCACAGCACACACUUAAAAUCUGUUUCCUGAGGGACAGUCACAUUUUAAGCUUGUGCUUAAGUUCUUUGGUUGAAUAAAACUGCUUUCCUGAACUGGUGCCUUAAUGGUUAUGCCUCCUAAUGGAAUUAUAGUUCUUACCUACAUAUGGGUAAUGGUUGUCAGCAGUUUGUAGACAGGAUGAUACAUCUUUUCAUAAACAUGAUUUUAAAAAAAAAUAAACAUUCACAUACCAGAAGUUGCUGCUUUCUCUGGUAAGUAUCUUUUGUGAUAAUACUGUUAAGGUUUUCGUAGAGUUGGUAAAAAAAUACUAUACAUCUUUGUGGAUCUAUAGACAUAAAAACAUAGAGCAUACUUUUCAAUCUGAGUGAAACCAAAACUAUCUUUUCAGCCUUACAGUGGUGAUGGUUUUUUUUCCUUUUGGGGAGAGGGGUACUUGGGCACGGUAUAUUGGUGUAGUUUGACUGGGGGCUGGGAGAUGAGGCUGUGUUUGUAUUGCAGAAAGGAGUUGAGAGAUGUCACAUUGCCUUUCCCUGAUGUAUUCCCAGUGAGAUGGAAGCUGCUUGCAUAGAUUGUUUCACCUACUUCACAGUGCUUUAGAAUAGAGGUGGAGGGAGAGAAGGAAAAUUAGCAGUGAAAUAGUGCUUUUCUAAAAUUCAGUUGCUGAAGCCUAAAGAGUAGAUUAAUUGUUGGAGACAGAAUGAAGAGAAAUUAAUUGUUUCAGAAGUUGUCAUAUCUUGACAUUAAAUACCAUUGGGCACUGGGAGGGGAGGUAUUCACAAAGCAUCAGUUUCUAAAGUAACAUGACAUUUAACCCCACUUGCCACCAAUCAAAACAAAACUCUCAACCCCAGAAUACCCCUAGUAUUAUGUGGUACUUGUAUGGUAAUGAAGUAUUCCUGUUUGAGCACACAGUUGCUAAGACAAAGUCAAAUGCGUAGUGUUAGAUUAUGGCAAUCUGAGACUCUUCAAAGUGGGCUGUAUUUAAACAUUACUUUUUAUUAUCAAGCCAUAUAUGUUUUCUCUAUAUUGUCUGCAGGACAUAAGUAUGAAACUUUAAUUUUGCGGGUAUUGUGUGUGAAUUGACACAAUUGUCAUAUAUGCAUCCUUUAAACUUGUGUGGUUUCUUCCACCUUCCACAUAUGCACAGUUUUGUUUCUCACUUAAUGGGUUGGCCCCAUAUACUUGUGAAUGAAUGUUGUGCUAUUUUUCGUUGCAUUGGUUAUGAAGGAAAAUAGGAGGGAAGUGAUGUUUUUAUGCAAGUAUU